AAUUCCAUCUCCACCAAACACAAACUCCUAAAAGAUGUUUCAACUUAAUCUUGUGGCCUUGAUGACUUUGAUGUGGUGGAGCAGUAGUAUAGUUGAAGAUGCAGUUGCAGACCCACAGACGAAUCUGAUAAACCCAGGGUGCAGCACAUACAACGCUUCCAACGUGCGAAGCUUCUAUGCGAAUAUCAAUGGAACGUUUGCAGAGUUGAGAGGAGAGGUGAAGAAUGAGAGCACGCACUUUGCGACGGCACAGGAAGCGAGAGGAGAUGUUGUGACGUAUGCGAUGCUUCAAUGCAGAAACUAUCUCUCCAAAAAUGACUGUCUUGCUUGCUUUGACACAGCUUCCACCCAAAUCCGCAACUGCUCCUCCGCCAACGGUGCAAGAGUCAUCUAUGAUGGCUGCUUCCUCAGGUAUGAGAGCGAGAGGUUCUACGAUCAGACGAAUGAACUUGGCAGUGGCGUAUCAUGUGGAAACAUAAGUUCAAAUGUCACUGGUUUAAAAUCAGUUGGACAACAAGUGCUGACCAAUCUCCAAACUGCAACACCAAAAAUCAAAGGGUUUUAUGCAGCUACUAAGACACAGGUGGUUGUUGGUGGUGCUGCAAUCUAUGCCAUUGCACAGUGUGUUGAAACUACCACUGAGGCUAAAUGUCUCAGUUGCAUGCAAGUUGGAUACAACAACUUACAAAGUUGUCUUCCCAACACAGAGGGUAGAGCUUAUGAUGCUGGUUGUUUCAUGAGAUACUCUACCACACGCUUCUUUGCUGAUAAUCAAACCAUUGAUAUCACACCCUAUUUAAAACAAGGAGGUUCAAGCAAGAAGUGGGCCAUUAUAGGUGGUGUUGUAGGAGGUGUUGUUCUCAUCCUUGCCUUGUUUGCUUGGCGAUGGUUUACAAAACCAAAGAGGGUUCCCAGAGGUAACAUAUUGGGAGCAACUGAGUUGAAAGGUCCAGUUAACUACAAGUAUAAAGAUUUGAAAGCUGCAACAAAAAAUUUCAAGGCUGAAAAUAAACUUGGAGAAGGAGGUUUUGGUGAUGUAUACAAGGGUAUUCUAAAAAAUGGAAAAGUUGUUGCCGUCAAGAAACUAGUAUUGGGAAAAUCAAGUAAGAUGGAAGAUGAUUUUGAAGGCGAAGUGAAGCUUAUAAGUAAUGUUCAUCAUCGUAAUCUUGUUAGACUUCUGGGUUGUUGCAGCAAAGGCCAAGAGAGAAUCUUAGUUUAUGAAUACAUGGCAAAUAGUAGCCUUGACAAAUUUUUAUUUGGUGACAAAAAAGGUUCUCUCAAUUGGAAACAACGAUAUGAUAUAAUUUUAGGCACAGCAAGGGGACUAGCAUAUCUACAUGAGGAAUUCCAUGUGUCCAUCAUACAUAGAGAUAUAAAGACUUCUAAUAUCCUUCUGGACGAUGAUCUUCAACCAAAAAUUGCUGAUUUUGGGUUAGCAAGGCUUUUGCCAGAGGAUCGUUCUCAUCUUAGCACAAGAUUUGCAGGAACAUUGGGAUACACAGCACCUGAAUAUGCAAUGCAUGGUCAAUUAUCUGAGAAGGCUGAUACCUAUAGUUAUGGUAUUGUAGUCUUAGAAAUUAUAAGUGGGCAAAAGAGUACAGAUGUGAAAGGUGAUGAGGAAAGUCGUGAAUACCUUCUUCAACGAACAUGGAAGUUGUACGAGAAAGGCAUGCACUUGGAGCUAGUAGACAAGGACGUAGACCCUAAUGAGUAUGAUGCAGAAGAUGUGAGAAAAAUAAUAGAAAUUGCUUUGUUGUGCACUCAAGCAUCACCUGCAACAAGGCCAACAAUGUCUGAAGUAGUAGUCCUACUCAAAAGCAGAAGUUUAUUAGAGCAUUUGCGACCAACUAUGCCUGUUUUUGUUGAAACGAAUAUAAAGACAAAGGAAGGCAAUUCUAGCUCAACUGCUGGUUCUUCAUCUAAUGCUACUGCUUCCAUUUCUGUUCUAUCAGCCAGAUGAUUAUGGAUCAAUGCGAUAAUGGGUCUUGAGAAGUAAGGACUAUUCUGUUGGUGUUGACUUAUUAGUACCAUAUAGAAUCAAGAAUGUUCUGUCAAUUUUUAAAGCUAUAUAAUUUCUAGUUUAAUAGUUCCCUGUUCGAAAAAGUUUAAAUCUUGUGUCUAUGUAUAGGUGAAAAGUGUUUAAAAUUUUGUUA